GGACCGAUCAUGGGUGACUGGAGCUUUCUGGGUAAUAUUUUAGAGGAAGUCAACGAGCACUCUACGGUGAUCGGCCGGGUGUGGCUCACGGUGCUCUUCAUCUUCCGCAUCCUGAUCUUGGGCACGGCGGCGGAGUUCGUGUGGGGCGACGAGCAGUCCGACUACGUGUGCAACACGCAGCAGCCCGGCUGCGAGAACGUGUGCUACGACGAGGCCUUCCCCAUCUCCCACAUCCGCCUGUGGGUGCUGCAGAUCAUCUUCGUGUCCACGCCGUCUCUGGUGUACGUGGGCCACGCCGUGCACCACGUGCACAUGGAGGAGAAGCGCAAGGAGCGCGAGGAGGCGGAACUGAGCCGCCAGCAGGAGCUGAGCGAGGAGCGCCUGCCGCUGGCGCCCGACCAGGGCAGCGUCCGCACCACCAAGGAGACCAGCACCAAGGGCAGCAAGAAGUUCCGGCUGGAGGGCACGCUGCUGCGGACAUACAUUUGCCACAUCAUCUUCAAGACUCUGUUUGAGGUGGGUUUUGUGGUGGGUCAGUACUUCCUUUAUGGCUUUCGCAUCCUGCCGCUGUACAAAUGCAGCCGCUGGCCGUGCCCCAACACAGUGGACUGCUUUGUGUCCCGCCCCACAGAGAAGACCGUCUUCAUCAUCUUCAUGCUGGCCGUGGCCUGCGUCUCCCUCUUCCUCAACUUUGUGGAGAUCAGCCACCUGGGCCUCAAGAAGAUUCGCUUUGUGUUCCGAAAGCCGGCCCCGGGCCCGGGCCCGGCCCAGGGCGAGGGCUCGGCCCCCCUGCCCCCGCAGGGGAAGAGCCUGCCCCCCCUGGCUGUGACCUCUCUGCAGAGAGCCAAGGGCUACAAGCUGCUGGAGGAAGAGAAGCCCCCAGCGAGUCACCUCUACCCGCUGGCCGAGGUGGGCAUGGAGGCUGGCAGGGGGGCCCCGCCCUUCCAGGGCCUGGAGGAGAAGGGCGAGGAGGCGCUGCCCAUGGAGGACAUCUCUAAGGUGUACGACGAGACUCUGCCCUCCUACGCUCAAACCACCGAGACGGGAGGGGUGACGUUACACGAAGAGCGCGCCACGGAGGCGCAGCCGGCGGAGGCGGAAGCCGAGAGGGCGGAGGAGGUGGCGGAUGAGGAUGUGGAGGUGGAGCGGGCGGCGGACGGGGAGGGGGCGACUCCGGCCGAGGCGGCGAUGGAGACCACGGAUACGAUAGAAGACACCAGACCGCUGAGCCGGCUGAGUAAAGCCAGCAGCAGGGCCAGGUCAGAUGAUCUCACUGUAUGAACCUGAGAAAGAGGGAGCGUGUAAACCUGCAGAUGCAAAGAUGUUCAACGUGGGAGAGAGAGAGAGAGAGACACACACACACGCAUGCACACAGGCAUGCACGCGCACACACACACACACACACACACACACACACACACACACACACACACACACACACACACACACACACACACACACACAAUGCAUACUCUGGAACAGGCAGGUUGAAAACUAAGCGGAUGAAAAUCAAAAUCAACAGGGAUAAAUAAAAACCUUUAGGACGGAGGCAACAAUUAAACCAAGCGACAAAAAAAAUGAGUGUUUGUGUUAAAAUGAGAUUAAAACGUAGCUCAACGAGGGGGGAGUAGGUUUUUUUUAUUCAGCGUGUUCUUAUGUUUCAACAUGUGAAAGGACACACGCAGGGUGGGAGUUUUUACUUGAUGAAAAUCCAUGUUCAAUUUUUAGCAUCUUUUUCUAUUGAAAGACUUUUAAUCACAUACGAUUAGACAUUUUUACUCGGGGGUUUGAUAGAUUAGGGGCAGGAGGUUCAGGACAUUCGUGUGUCAGCAGAUCGGCGACGUUCGCUUUCACUCCCAGUCGGACAGCAGCACGUUCAGUGCGGCCGCUUCUCCAGGAAUGCCGCUCUUUCAGCCGCAGCAGCAGAAGAGUCCGUGUUCAG